UUUAUGAUACACGUAACCAUGGACAAGAUCAAACACCUCGCCCUUUUCUUCUCUGUCCCGUGCAAUUACUGCGCCAUUCCUCCUCCACCCAACCGGCAGAAAAACCUGCAACAUCAAAAUUUAAAAUCUUCCAUCUAAGAAGACCACCUUCGACUCACUCCUCCAUCUCCCACCAAUUCAUAUCAAACACACAAACUCGCAACUACCACACCAAUAGUUCUCACCGGAAACUCAAUCGAAUUCUUUGCAUACUUCGUCGGCCGUCGCUCCCCUUAACUUCGCAUGAUCCCAAGAACCCCUGAAUCCAACGUCACGGAUUUCUCGACCCGAAGAGCUCUCUCGCCAUGAAACCUCAGCACCCCCCGAAACAGAGCGUCGCCACCACCCUGUCCAUGCCGCUCGUCGUCCUCCUGUUGCUCUGCCUCUGCUCUUCCCCUGCCAAUUCUGAUAUCGCCUCCGACAGAGCCGCUCUCGUCGCCCUUCGCUCCUCCCUCCAUGGCCGCCCCCUCCUCUGGAACCUCUCCGCCUCCCCGUGCUCCUGGGAAGGCGUCAAAUGCGCCCUCGGCCGAGUCGUCGAGCUGCGGAUGCCCGGGAUGGGCCUGCGCGGCGAACUGCCGCCUGGGGUCAUCGGCAACCUGACGGGACUCCAGACCCUCUCUCUCCGGUUCAACUCGCUGAGCGGGUUGCUCCCUCCCGACCUUGCCGACCUCCUCUCUCUUAGCAACCUCUGCUUGCAGGGCAAUAAAUUCUCCGGCCAAUUGCCGGACUUCUUGUUCUCUAUGCAGAGCCUGGUCCGCUUGAAUCUAGCUGCGAACGAGUUCGACGGCGUGAUCUUGCCGCGGUUCAAUAACCUCUCCAGGCUGAGCGCUCUGUAUUUAGAACAGAAUAACUUUACCGGGUCGAUUCCGGAGUUGAAUUUGAGGCUCGAUCAGUUCAACGUCUCGUUCAAUCAGCUGAGCGGGGCGAUUCCGAUUCCAUUCUCAGGAAUGCCUAAGAGCGCUUUCGAGGGGAACUCACUCUGCGGGAAGCCCUUGAACCCUUGCGUUGGGACAGCGGCGACGAGCGGUCAUAAGUUGUCAGGCAGAGGGAUUGUGAGCAUCGCGGUGGCUUCCUUGCUAAUAUUGUUGCUGGUCCUAGCGAUCGUUUUCUUGAUAUGUUGCAUGAGGAGUACCAAGAAGAAGCACGACAAUUCGAAAAAGACCGAAGCUCCAAAGCAACCUGAAAUUGGCAGUCGGGCCAUCGGGACAACUAGCGAUGCUAGCGGGUUCAACAGUCUGGUGUUCAUGAGGAAGCAACAAGAGAAGAUAUUUGACUUGGAAGACCUGUUGAAGGCUUCAGCUGAGGUUCUAGGGAAGGGGACUUUCGGGACAGCCUAUAAGGCUUCGCUGGGGAACGGAAUCGCCGUGGCCGUGAAGAGGCUUAAGGACGUGAGUGAUUCCGAGAGCGAGUUCAGAAAAAAUAUUAAUGAAAUCGGAUCAAUGUAUCAUGAGAACUUGGUGCCUCUGGUGGCUUACUAUUAUAGCAGAGAUGAGAAGCUUCUGGUUUAUGAGUACAUUCCCACGGGAAGCUUAUCUGCUCUAUUGCACGGCGAUAAUGGCGCCGGGUGGACGCCACUUAGUUGGGACACGAGGUGCCGCAUCGCGCUCAGGGCCGCGCAAGUGAUUGCGCACAUCCACUCACAGGGUCCCGAGGCCUCCCACGGGAACAUAAAGUCGUCGAACGUCCUCCUGACCAAGCUGUACGAGGCCCGUGUCUCCGACUACGGCCUCGCCCGUCUCGCCGGCCCCACCGUCUCCCCCAGCCGGUUCCAUGGGUACCGCGCUCCUGAAGUGAUAGACAUCCGGAUUGUGUCCCAGGAGGCUGACGUGUACAGCUUUGGCGUGCUGAUCUUGGAGCUCAUCACAGGGAAGGCCCCAUUGACGUCGCUGCUGGCCGAGGACGGGGUGGACCUCCCCAGGUGGGUCCGCGGGGCGGUGGAGCAGGAUUCAUCGGCCGUGGUCUUCGAUGCCGAGCUGCUGAGGUACCAGAAUGUGGAGGAGGACAUGAUUCGGAUGUUGCAGAUUGGGAUUGAUUGUACCGAACAGAGUCCUGAUCAGAGGCCCGCCAUGGCCGAGGUGACCAAAAGAUUGGAGAGCCUUUCUCAGUUUCACUCGCUGCAAGAACAAGACUAGGAUCAUUUGAUAACGUGUUUGAUGGUUCAUUUUUAGAAUGAUUUUUCAAUUGAUCGAACUGCAUUCUGAGUCUGCAUUUGAAGAAUUGGAGGUGAUCAGAUUCAGCAACACAUUGGCGUUGACGGGUCUGUCAGAUUUGAUCUUGUACACCUUCGUGAUUCAUUUUGGUGUUGCGGGGGGUUGAGAAUUUGAGUCAAUUGUAAAUUCUUUUUCUUCUUAUAAAUUGUUAAUUUAAAAUUUGUUUUUUUUGG